AAGAAGGUAAAGAUAAGUCUAACCGCUUAUUUCAUUUACUCCUAUUUAGAAUGUGGGCCUGUUGGUGUGACAGACAAUAAUACAAUUCCAGAUGUCAAAAUGACAGCGAGCAGUUUUUACAAUAAAUAUCAGUAUCCAUACUACGGCCGACUGAACGAAACUAGGGGAAAAGGAGGGUGGUGUCCGAAGAAUAAAUCUGAUGGAACAGAAUAUCUUCAAGUUGAUAUGGACGAAGUGCGUUCUGUUUGUGGUGUGGCCACACAAGGAGUAUUGCGUUUGACUGAAUGGACCACCAGCUACAAACUACGAUUCUCUACAGACGGUAUAACUUGGAGCACUUACAGGGAAACGAAUUUCGAAAAGGUAUGGAGAGAACUGAAAUUAACAUUUUUUGCAAUUAGCAAAAUGUUUGAAGUCAAUGCAAAUAAGUAGUAAACAGAAAUACACUCAGUUGCUGAAUUUGGACAUUAUAUUCAUUGGCUACUGCAGCAGAGAACGUCGACGGAAAUGAUAAGCUUGUGAAGUAUGGCGGGUUUGCUUGAAAUCCUGAAAGGUAUCUGAUGUGUCUUUUAUAGAAUGCUUCAAAAGACUUAGGAUCUUUUUUUGCGUGUGGUGCGUGAAGUCGAAGAGAUUUAGAAAUUAGUCGAGCACGUGUUGCUAUGACUUUUCCAUCCAGUAUAUAUAGCUAUAACAUUUCUCAUGACGUUUUCCGGAUUUUGUGAGACAGGAGGUCUCCGUUCUGUCUCUCUUUCUGUCCCUAACCUUGUCUUUGUCAUGGGUUCAUUUGGUUUUCUUUUGUUUUUGUUUUAUUGUUGUUUGUUUAUUUUACUUUUGCAAAUCAUGAUGGUAACAUAAUAUGUGCACGCUGCAAACAAUAGCUUAGAUGUCAGCAGCGUUUGUAUUCGGGAAAAGACUCAACAACAGCCGUCUUGCAGCUGGAUAAAGGAACUUAUCGUGUCACUUUGACCAUCUACUUUUGGCUAUCGGAUGAUGAGUAAUAAAGACAUCCAUAAUAAAAAAAAAGAGUGAAAAAAGUGACGGAAAAAUGACCUCUGUUUGAAAAGGCCGGGCCCCAAUGCAAUAGAAGACAAAAUUGUGUAAAGAUGUGAGCAGUUAAGACCUGUUCAAAUGGCCCCCGCACUUCCCCUCCCCCUCCUCCCGGUAACUCCUUACUUAGCUGUAUAUAGAAUUGGUGCACCAUACCAAUUUGAAGUUGUUCAAUUUCUUUGUUCGUUUUUUUCGGUUUGCUUUAUUCCAGGUGUUCACAGGAAACUCAAAUCAGACCAGCAUCGUGAAACAUUCACUCAGAAAUGACUUCAAAGCCAGAUACGUUCGGUUUUAUCCUGUAACAUUCUAUGGUUGGCCAUCUUUGAGGGUUGAAAUAUUUGAGCUUAAGUAA